AUGAAUAAACCUGAUGAAAGUGCUAAUUAGUUUUUUGUGAUUGAACAAAUUGAGAUGAGUAGUGAGAGUGAACCUGAAGAUUUGGAAGAUUUGGAUGAUUUGAAUGACAUCAAACACGAAGAGGACAAUCUCAAUGAUUUGGAUAAGAUUAUAAAUGAUGUCAAAAAGGAAGAUUACAUACCCAAAGCACAACCUAAUGAGAGAGUUACAAAAGGACCAGGAUGGAAAGAUAGAUUGGAAGUGGUUGAUGACUUUAUUCGUAACUUCCUUAUCAAGAAUCAAAUGAAUCGAAGUCUGGAAGUAUUUCAGUAAGAGUGGUACGAACUCUCACAGAAAGGUAAAUUGGCUACAGACGGCAUGGGUUAAGUAACAGAUGUUUAUAUUCAAAAUGAAAAACUCAAAGAAGAACUCAAAUACGUAAGAGGCGAGUUGGAUAAAGCCAAAAUUGUGGCUGAAAAUGCCAAAUCUACAUACGAUAAACUCAGAAAGGAAAGAGAUUUUCAUAAGAUGCAUCAUCAUAGAGUGCAAUAGGAAAAGAGGAAAUUAAAUCACGACAUAGAUAAAUUGAAAGGAUUGCAUUUGCAAUAUGAGACCAAAUACGAAGAACUCUCCUAGAAGUAUUCACAUGCAAUGAAGGAGAAAAUGCUUUUGAAAUUGGAAAGAGAUCGUUUGGUGGCCAAAAACGAAGCACUCCAAAGAAGCUUAUAAAAUGUUGAAGAGAAGAUUAACAAAGAAAAAGAACCAGGAAGUCCUACAGAUAAGCUUCCCUUGGUUGAUACCAAGGCUAACACCAAAAAGGCAUCGACUAAGACCAAUACUGCAUUUCCUCCUGAUGACAGACCAAAUCCUUAUGCAGGUACUCAAAUAGAACCACAAAAUUACAGAAAUGCCAUCUUAAAUAAAACAUUUAAGGGACAUAUGAUGGCCAUAUCAUCCAUGGAUAUGCACCCAAAGAAAUCAAUUGUGGCCACUGCCUCAGAUGAUUUCACUUGGAAGAUUUGGACAUUGCCACAAGGCGAGUUAAUCAUGUCUGGAGAAGGCCACAAAGAUUGGGUCAGUGGAAUUCAUUUUCAUCCAAAAGGAAGUCAUUUAGUCACUUCAUCUGGUGAUUGCACCAUUAAGGUCUGGGAUUUCAUUAAUGCUUCAUGCACUCAUACAUUCAAAGAUCACAUCUAACCUGUUUGGGGUGUUAAAUUCAAUGACACUGGGGAAUUCAUUGUGAGUGCUAGUAUGGAUCAUACAUGCAAAGUAUUCGAUUUAGCAUCUGGUAAAACUAGACAUACAUUCCGAGGACAUGUUGAUUCUGUCAAUCAUGUGAGUUUCUAGCCAUUUUCAAAUAUCUUCACUUCUGCUUCAGCUGACAAGACUAUUUCCUUGUGGGAUAUCAGAAGUGGGUUAUGCGUUCAAACCUUCUAUGGCCACUUGAAUAGUGUCAAUCAUGCAACCUUUUCAUUGAAGGGAGAUAGCAUUGCCAGUUGUGAUGCUGAUGGAAUCAUUAAAAUGUGGGAUGUCAGAAUGGUCAAGGGAAGAUCCCAAUUCGAUGCAGGUCCUUAUUCUGCCAAUGCAGUUGCCUUGGAUAAAAGUGGCACCAUUCUUCUUGUGGGAUCCGAUGACCAAUAAAUCAGACUCUACAAUGAAACCACCUAGAAAUAAGAACACACUUUGAAGGGCCAUGAAGAUGCUGUCUAAGAUGUCGCAUUUGAUUACAAUAGCAAAAUGAUUAUUAGUUGCGGUUCGGAUGCUACUUUUAGAAUUUAUUAAUGA